AAAUGGUGUCGUCUAGCAAGCUAUUGGAGCCACCGAUGAACCGGAUGCCCUGCACUUUCCUGCACAGUCGUCCGGGUCAGAGCUGCACCCAGGCUUUUCUGUGGAAUGUGUACCGGAACCAUGUGUCCAGUGGGAAAUACUAUCUACCCCUACUGCUGUUCCCCUUGGCUCUGAAAUGGCGACGCCUUUCGGAUAGAAAGACCAUAAUGCCAGUGGUUUGGAACUAUCUACAGGCCACUAGUUUCGCUUCCUUCAUCAAUGCCGUCACUUUUUAUCUGAUUUGUAUGGCCCGGAGAUACUAUGGUCGUUUUACGUUUAUUUUCACUCCCUCUAUGUCCUGCUGGCUGGCCUCCCAACUUUGCUGGUGGAUGCCACCCCAAGUGCUCCUCUACUUUGUGAGUGGUGUCACCCAUGCAGCCAUGGAAACGCUAAUGCGAUACUUUAAUGUGCCCUUGGUGCACUCUCGUUUGGGCCAGACACUUGUGUUUAUGAUCUGCUCUGUAAUUGUGAUUCAUUACCAGCAAGAAAAGAAAUACUCUGGUUUCUGGUUCAUACGUCCUGCUGCUUUGCAAAAGGAUUACCAAAAAAGGACGAUGAUACAACGACUGAGACAAAGCCUUAAGGAAAUAAGUAAUUAUAUGGGUGUUGGUCUAAUACUAGAUCUUGUGAAUCCCAUUCGAAAAAGGAGCCUCAGAAGUUUACGUCUUAAGUCAACCACCUUUUUGGUCGGCUAUAUGGGACUGUUUAAGUUGCUGCAAUCUUUGCUUUUAGAAAGAUUUAAUUUAAAACAAACCAACGCUUUGGCGGCUUUUAUUAGCGGUUCUGCCUUUGCCUCUUUAAAUCGCCUGACAUUCAUGUGUUUUGCUGUGGUCACAGCCAGCCAGGCUGCUUGGCUGCAGGUUUGUUCCAAGGAUUCCAAAGAAGAUCCCCAACUAGCAUCUAUUCAAAGGAUACCCUGGUCCAAGCUUCUUAUACCCUGCAGUCUGGCGUAUCUGGUGCACAUUUUCUUUUACCAUUCCCAAUACCUGAACGAAUUGGCCAGGGACUUUAUUGACUCCACAUGCGAUAAGAAGUAGUUCAGAUAAUAUAAUCACCUAAUUUUGACUAACAACUUUUCUGAUUUCAGUGGCCAACGACUUUUUGAUUUAUUGAACUUCCAAGAUGAAAACAUGGUAGUUGCAGCCGUCGUUAAAAGGUCGCCAGAAGCCUCAUUUUGGUUUUAAUUACAAAAAGGAUGUAAUUUGUGAAGAAAUAAUUAUGUCACAUUGAACUAAAUGAAUCGAUGAUAAACAA